AUGCGAUUUGCGACACCCGACAGGAUGCUGCCGGCUUCGCGAUCUUCCUCGCGCGUACGUCGGAAUUGUGACGGUUUCGCCGGUGUUCGGACAGAGGAUUGUAAUCAUCUGGUUCUCGUCGGCGAAGUUCUUGACGACGCUUUGCGUGAGCACGUCGAAGGAUCGGCCGAGGAGGAUGUCGUACGCUGCGUUUCAAAUGACGUGAGCCUGGAGAUACAAAACGAUCUCACCGAUGCGGAAGGGAACAUUUCGAAUGAGUCCCAGCGAUCGGUCCACCUCGCCGUUCGCCGAUUGCAUGUUCAGCUGGAUUGUAGGAUCGAAGAGGAGGUUGAGGCCGAGACAGACCUCUUCCGACAUGGCGACGAUCUGCGAACCGGGGUCGACGAUGCAUUCGAUCUGCUCUUUGUUGUCGACCAACGCGAUGAUCGAACGAAUCGCGUUCGAAUCGCGGGCGACGCACCGGGUUCCAACGUUGCACCUGAACACGAGAGCUGGUUGACGGCCGUGACCUCGUCGGCGCCGAUUUCUACGAUGUGGGCCGACGCGACGGGUUCCGUCGAGACUCGCUUAGGGGUGACGGCGUCGCGGUAUUUGUUUCGAACGUCGGGCGCGAUUGACAGCAACUCUUCUGGGGUCAGCGUGACGAACGGCGACUUCAUCGAACGCUGGAAGAUUUCUUCGACGAGCUUCGGCUGGAUAACGGGGACGAUGGUCUUGUACGCUGGUUCCUUGCCCUUGUCGUUCGAGGGCUUCGGCGGAGUUGCGAAGUUCCGAACGUUCGGUGGGGCGUAA